UUGAGCAGCCUUUCUCAGUGGAGUUUCACAUUAUGAACAAGAAUGUUUUCAGAGAAAGCACAAAGAAACCCUAUAUUUCAGUUUGGAGUCACAACUACUUAGCAAUUCCAGCAUCAAUCUGCAAUGAUUUGCAUGACUCCUACUUCUUUGCGUAGGACUAACCUUUCUUUAGAUCAUUUGUGCCCACGUCGGUCAAUGUGGAAGUAACAGAUGGUAGGGUUAUUUUAUGAGUUAGUUGUUGGUAGUGUUUGAUUUUUAAUUUCCACUUUAAAAAUAUUGGCAUGCAGAGAAUCUUAGUUUCUUGAGGUUGUGGAAAGCCCACCUUCCUUCUCUGAAACCCAUUUUUUUAAUAAUGGUCCUGUGGAUAAAACAUCAAAAUAGGUUUAAAAGUUCAGCCAUCUAAUUUGUCUCAGUAGGUUCUACACAUGUAGUUGUGCUGCAUUCAGUCACGAGCUCUCUGCUCUGAGAUUGUCCAUUAUGAGACAUUAUGCAGACAGUGAUGUACCCGGAGUGUGAGAUGUGUGCUGCUACUGGAAACAAGCUUUGUAAAGAGUGCACUUCAAUUUGCAAGGAUUGUAGUUGUUAUGAUGCUCUUCAUUUUUUAAACCUGUUUGUUGAUGUAUACAUGUAUGUACACAACAUGAUUUGAAGGAAGCAUGUUCAGCUGACAGUCCCAGUGUAGGUCAGUUUCACCUAUGAGCUGGGAAGAGUGCAGGAAGAAGCCUGAGUGGAUUAUGCAAACAAGAUGUCUUCUGACAAGUAGCUCAUAUAAUUUCCCACAAGUUAGCAAAUAAAAAGACGACACUCUUGUAAAACUGGAGCAGCUGUUCAAUUGGAAUAGAUCUGGUACAAAGCAUGGAGUUGAAAGAGAAGUUGUUCAGAAGAGAACAUUUACUAGGUGGAUGAAUUUGCAUUUAGAGAAGUGCAAACCACCAUUGGAAGUGAGCGAUUUAUUUACAGACAUUCAGGAUGGGCGGAUCUUGAUGGCUCUUUUAGAAGAACUCUCGGGCUGUAAAUUGCUUCAUGGAUUUAAACCAUCAACACAUCGCAUAUUCAGGCUGAACAAUAUAGCAAAGGUCUUGACUUUCUUGGAGGAAAGAAAUGUGAAGUUGGUCAGCAUUGAUGCUGCUGAUAUUGCAGAUGGCAAUUCUUCCAUUGUCCUUGGACUGAUAUGGAACAUUAUUCUGUUUUUCCAGAUCAAAGAACUAACAGGAAAUAUCAAGAACAGGUUUCCUUCCUCCUCUAGCCUGUCCUCUCUGCCCAACAGCACUGAUUCAGACACCUCACACCCCAGCACGCCCUGUGAGGAGCAGCGCCUGCCCAAGACCCCGAAGGACCAUGGGAGAGCUAUCAAAACACUCCUGCACUGGGUGCAGCGACGGACACGGAAGUAUGGUGUGGCUGUUCAGGACUUUGGAAAGAGCUGGACAAGUGGCCUUGCCUUUCUUGCCAUUAUCAAGGCAAUUGACCCCAGCUUGGUGGACAUGAGGAGAGCUCUGGAGAAGUCUCAGAGACAGAACGUUGAAGAUGCCUUCAGAAUAGCACACUACAGCCUGGGCAUUCCCAGACUACUGGACCCAGAAGAUGUUACAGUUAAUUCACCAGAUGAACAGUCCAUUAUGACAUAUGUCUCUCAGUUCCUUGAACAUUUUCCAGAGCAUGAAGAUGAGGAGGUUUCUGAAUUGGUUGAAAUAUCGGUUUCCGCUGCAACAGACAGCUCUGUGCUGAAGGAAGAGAGAAUAAAUGGAGUCAAGAGUGGGAAGCGCUCCUGUGUCGCGAGAACUGAUUGGGUCCAGCUCCCACCAAAGAUAUUCAUCUCCUCUGCAUCAGAUGAUCCAGAACACACAUCUCCCGACAGAGGUGGGCACUGUCAGCCCUGGGCCCACGGAGACGACUCCUCGGAGUCCACCUCCAGCUCCGCAGUAUCUGCCGGGAAUGGAAAACUGCCCCUGGAGCUGUGCUCUGAGAUGUCCUUCCUAGUGUCCAGCUCGAGCUCCCCGCAACCCUCCUUCGUGGACUCAGUGCUUGACUCUCCGGACUCGCUGAGUGAGAUUGCGAGUGAGUCCAUGCCGCUGGAUGGAGAAGGACAGUCUUCCGACAGCAGAAGCAGCAGCUCCCUCAAUGAAAGCGAUCCUCCUUUUGAUCCCAAUGGCAAGUGCUCCCCUGAGAAGUCAAUAAAAACUGUAAAGAAAGAUUAUAUCCAGGGCACGGAAACUCCACUAGAAGACAAUGCUGCAGAAGACAACAUUUUUUCUGACCUUUUUAUCGAUGAAGGCACUUUCUCACAAAGUUCUGUGGAUAGCUUUCACAUGAAAUCCAAGCUUCUGUCUGAGGAAGAAGAUGCAUACAGAUACAUCUUGGAUUUGAAUGAUGCUGAAAAUGCAAGUCAGUCAGAGUGCUGUAGUGGUCAAGAGGAGAUUAGCACACCCAGUGAAGCCCAGGACAGACUGGAGACUGCGCUUAAGCAGAAUUGCCUGUUGCAUCACAGUUUAGAGGAGAUAGUCCCCUCAUUUAUGGCUUCGUCCAGUGCUGACUUGUGUGGGAAUACUGUCCCUUCAGAGCAGGACAAAGAAAGGAAUCAGGAAGGGCUGAAACUAGAUGCAUGCACCAGACCUGAAACUCAAUGCACCACCCAGCUGCUUUGCAUUAAUGAACCUGGUGAAAUGAAUGGAAGUGUGGUAUAUAAUGCUAGACAAAAUAGUAUUUUACCUGUGGACAUGGUGUACUACCCUUGCUAUGAAGAAGCCGUAUCAAAUGUUUCUGGAGCAUUUUCAAAGCCGGUCACUGAAAGAAAGCAGCUUCUAUCUGGUCCAUCUUUAGGUUCUGACAGUGCUCCAGCACAGUCCGAUCACCAUAGAAACACAGAAGCCUGCACAGGGAAUCACCCAGACAUGCUAGAAACAGAACUUCAUGCUGAUCUGGAGCACCUUAACAGAGUCACAGAAAGGUCUUGUCAUGGGUCCAUGUCUGCACAGCAAGACAGGGGGACAGAGGACCACUACGAGUAUGUGGUCAGUACUGACGGGGAAGUGUCCACAGACAGGCUGUCAGACUCCAUCAGAGAUUGUCUUGCAGAGCAAAGCCAAGGCUCCAGUCAGUAUCAGGAUGCAGGAGAACAGAUUGAGAAUAAAAUGCCAGGAGGUGUGGAUUGUGAUAAGAAGGAGCAACAGAAAGAGGACUUCUGGGAUUUAGAAGAUGUAGAAUCAGAUGUGUCUGAGAUCAGCUGUGAAUUUAUUACUGCCACAAAAGGACAUACUGCUGCUGGAGAAAGCACAGACUUACCGAGCACAGCGGCACCGUGUGAUGAUUCACUGAGAGAAAGCCACCUUUCUCACAUGCUAUACCUGAGGAAGCUUGAUGACAGUGAGGACAUUAAGGAGACAAGCAUGAAGAUCAAGGCGAAAGGGUGUGAGACAAUUCAGACAGUUAGUUCUGAUACCAGAGAGGAGUACAGCGGUUCAGAGAGCUCGCCAGAGACGCCUGUCAGCUCUUCGGAGGACUGCAUGCAGCUGCUGCUCUUCCUGUGGAUCCUCCUCUAUUGCCUUUUUCUCAUCCCCCAGCUGGACCUUGAAGCUCUGCCACAUGCUCUCCUUGCACUGAAGAAAUGAGGAGCUCUGUUACAUGUUACAGGCUUCACGGAAGGUCACAAUCGACAGAGGACAAUCAAGAGCACAGAAUGUUAAUCUACUCAUGUUUGUACAUAUGCAUUUUUGUUUUAUUUUUACUUUAUAACUUAUUACUGACUUCGUAGCCCAACUGGAAUCUGAAAGGACACUAGACUGCAAGGAGUCACUAGAUGGUACAGUAACAGCGCUGCACACGGUUUACUGCCUUUAGAAAGUCUUUUAUUACAGUGUUCUGUAGUUUAUAAAUAAUUAUUAUUGCUUGUAAAAGAGCCAGUCAUUCUAAGUGGAAGGAUGGUACAGUUUUUUUCACCAGUGGAUAUUGCAGCAGUAGUUUCAGUUUUGAAAUAUGCAAGGUGUUAUGUCACCUUGUGCCACUUUAAAGCAUUAGUCCAUGGACUCCACAUCAGUCUCUGUGUUCCUAUACUUGUGCUGCUUACAUUUUCUAUAGACAGAAACUGCCAAAGAUACAGUACAGUAUUUAGAGUGGAGAAAGGCUGGGCCUCUUCUUUUGCUUUGCUUACAAAGUAAAUACAGUCUUGGUCUGUGCAUUCUUUUGCAUUUUAAAUUAGGCAAGCAAGUUUUAGUGUGAGAGAGUGUUUAAUUUAUAAUUGCUUUUUUGCCAAACAUGAAGAAAAUAAUGGAACUUUUUGUGUCGCAAAUAAUUUUACAUAAAAUGUAAAUAUAUAGAAUGAAUACUGUAUUCAUUUCUAUUUUUAUUGUUUCUUUCGUCAUAAGGUUUAUAAAUUCUUGAUUUCAGAAUUCUUGGGAUAUUUAAAGAUCUAAAAAUGCACUUAUUUACGUAUAAUUACAUUGGUAAUAUUUAAAAAAUAGUCAGGCUUUAAAAUUGUUUUUGUACAAUUUAUAUUAAUGAGAAUGGAACUACAGAACUUUAAAGGUUUUAUAAUGGAUCAUGUAUUAAUUGUAUUUCUUUUGUUAAAGGAUGUUAAAAGGUUUCAAUAUAGUGCUUUACAAGUAAUCUGAAAAAAACUAAAUUUUCAUACGAAUGAGUUCUAAUUAAACUGUAUAAAAUGGUAGAUUUUUUACUGUUACCCGAAUGAUUAAUUUUUAAGCUAUGGGUUUGUAGAGAAAUUUACUUGUUUAUAGUGAACAUUAUUAUUAUUUAGGUGUAAGUACUGUUUAGCUUUUGCAUUAUUGAGUAACCUGACUGUAUUUUUACUGUCACUGUUAUUGCAAUUUUAACACGUAUAUAUAAUUUUUUUUAAUAUAAAAGUUGAGGUUUUAUUGAAGUCCGAUCUUCACGUUAUAUGGUUUGUUUUACACAUGUAAUACAAUCGGUCUAAUUCCAAAAGAAGAGACCUAGUAAUUGCAAAUACCUGCAUCAUGCUUUUGUAAAGGAAGUGACAGGCUGCUCCACUUGUAUCAGUCAAGUCAAGUGCAAUAAAUUAUGUAGAUGUCCUA